UAUAAGAAAAGUCACUUUAUUUCCGUGCACGAGUAAGAAAGGGAAAGCAAACAUAGUUGUUGUUUAUAUAAUCAACCGCACAACCGCAGUUUUCCCAGCCCAUGAUUGUGGUUUUAGUUUUGACAGGGCUUUGGCUGCGUGUUUUAUGGAAUUGAGAGAACAUUACUCAGAAAAGUACAGAGCAUUCUAGAGACUUGAAUUAGCAUUCAAGGUUUGAGGACAGCCAUGUCCAUAUACUUAUUCUUCAUCCUUGCCUGCCCAUGCCUCAUCCAAGGUUUGGCAGAAGAAAAGUGCCAUGACUCUGUGCUGGCAAGGCGUGAUUCAGUGUACGCCCGACAGGGGGACAGUCUUUCUCUUUCCUGUAUAGUACAGCACUGUGGGCACAGUUGCUGGUCAGGUGGCUGGAGACAGAGUACAGAAGGAGGUUUCCUCAUGCUGAAGCCUACUGAGAGACAUCUGUUCCAUAAUGAGACACUGUCAGCCAAUCAAACUCGCCUGCUCAUAACCAUACACAACAUCAACCAAUCAGAUGCUGGAUUGUAUGGCUGUCACAUUAACUGGGACAAGAGAGGCUCCAGUGUUGGUCACCAUACGUAUGUCAAUGUCACAGAAGCCAUCCCAGGUCUCUCCCAGAGGAGUGAAUUAUACCGGAUCCUGUUGUGUGUGAGCAUCCUGCUGUGUACCAUCCUGGGACUGACAUACAUAAUGUCAAAGGUCAAGCUACAAUCACAUUCUCAGCCCCCCUGCCUCUCCCAGCUCCAACUCCCGAGUCCUCCCCGGCUUCUUCCACGCCAGCCAAUCCCACCCAAAACGGAACCAAAGCCCAGAACCAAGCCAAAGCCCAGACUAAAUAUAGAGCUGGUCUAUGCAGUUCUGUCUCCUGACAGUCUGAGACAGAACCCCCCCGGCUCCCUCAGAGAGCCCUCAGAGAGCACCGUGUACUCUUCCCUACGCAUCACGUGACCCAGGGGAAUGAGGAGGCUUUGGACAGGUGGUGGGACAACGAAAGAUGGGAUUGAUGAAUAGAAGAAAAUAAAUGGAAAGGGACACUAGGCAACAAAACAGGAUGGAUAAGCCUAUUGUAGACCUGUGAGGCGGCAAGCUGACAGAGGGUUUGUGAUUGGAGCAUAGUUCACUGGUAGUUCUUUUGGAUGCAGUGUACUUGGUCUAUGGCGACUGAGAGGAGUAUCUGGAUGGAUGGGACGAGAAGACAGAUUCUUGUUUCAGCAGUCACAAUCUUUAUCUUUUAUGAUCUGAAGGAACCUCCAGCACACCAAAAGGACAUUUAAUGGACAAUCCGAAGCAUGGUUAACCAGGCUGCCCACUGUGUUCACAAGUUUGUGCUCACUGUGUGUCCAUUGUUACACCUAUUUCAUUGCCAAUGCUUUGUUGUUUUAACCUUUGCUAAGAUUAUAAUAUGAUGUAUAACAAGUACAAUAAAGAACCGUGAUAAACCACACAAGUCUAAUUGACAC